AUGGAAGGCAAGGUUCAGCCACAGCGCGAAGAUGACGAAACGCCACAGCUUCCACCAGGACCAGCUCGACGGGCAGUGUUACGGGUUCGACUGCACGAGAUAGCGACCGGGCGACCAGCAGCGCCGACGGUCUUCAAUUUGGCGGCGCAUAACGAGCGCACAGGGGGGACGGGCGAAGCGAAUGGCAUCCAUGGUUCCUCGCCGGCUUCUUCUUCUUCUUCUACGCCAUCGACCGUAUAUUCACCCUCGGAGGCAUCGUCAGCAGUAGCAUCUACACUAUCAGCAGCAUCUACAUCUCUAUCGGCAGCGUCGAGAACACAAUCCCACGUCCGCACGCCGCUAAAGAACAGCUUCUCUCCGGCGGGCGUCAGGAGCACGCGGAGCAAGCCGUCGCCGCUCUACAUCUCGCACGACUGGGAAGCUUUGGAUAUACAGAAGAGCAGGCAGGGCGUUGUCGUCGACAUGUCGCGCAACCGUCCCAGGGGCCCGGCGACGAGGGAGAACGGGCUGGCGGCCGACGAGGAACUGGACAGCCUUCACCGGCAGCAGCUCAAGCUGAGCGAGGAGGAGAGGACCAUCCUGCAAGACGAGCCCGCAGAUGUCACCAAGAACCUGGGCAUCCUGAUCGCCCUACGCUCAGCGUCUGAAGCAGACCCCCAGAGCCGGUCCAUCUCGCAGAACAAGUCCCGCAAGAGGAAAGGAGACGUGGAUCUGACAUCGACCGAAUCUCCCGGGCCAUCUUCCUCUGGCGUAUCUGAUAAGCUCAACCGGAUCAAGAGCACGACCCAGCGGAGCACAAGCGUCUCGAGCAGCCAGCGCGAGAAUACGGCUUCGCUGGAUAACGGUGCCGAAGGAGCCAGGCCGUCGGCAACAGAGAAGGGAGACCAGCUAGUUCCCGGUGCCGAAGUUGUGUUCAAGCAUAACAAGAAACAGCAAGGUAUCGAAGGAGAAGGUAUACAGUGCAUUAUCAAGAAUAUCACCGGAGAAGGAAGCAAAAGACGAUACGACGUCCAAGAUCCCGAGCCCAUCGAAAACGGAGAAGAGGGUGCCAUCUACAAGACCGCGGCGGCAUCGCUGAUCCCCAUCCCCAAGGCCGGCACUCCUCUCCCUCAGUUCCAGCUAGGCAAGCAAGUUCUGGCCAGGUAUCCGGACACGACUACCUUCUACCGGGCCGAAGUGAUGGGCCUGAAGAAGGACGUCUACCGGCUCAAGUUCGAGGGCGAGGAAGACGACAAGGAGAUGGAAGUCGACCGUCGCUACGUCCUCGACAUCCCGAACAAGUGA